CAAGUGUUGCCCCAGGAUGCCAUUCACGGCAAUUUGCGUUUGCGCCGAGGUCUGUGCGACGUGAUGACGGUCGGCUGACCAGGAUGCCACCUGCUCCGCCUGCAAAUUCAAUCUCACUUUGGAAUUUGCUCCGCCUGGUGCACACCUGCCCAGGAUAUCCUCGGAACCAUGGUCUUCCGCCUCGCCGCCGUUCUACUCGCCGCAACGUCACUCUUCUCGGUUCCGCUAGCCACAGCUGAGUCAAGCUGCACGCUCAGCGACUCCGAAACUUGCGCCGUCGAUUCGCUCACACCUUCCGACGACGAUGGCAGCGUUAUCAUCUACCCGGGCGGCAACACGCGUUGCGCUUUUGAUGACUACACGGACUCAGAGACAGCGUUCUCUACAAACUCGACGUAUUUCUUCCAGGUGUUCCCGAACGGUGGUUCGGACAAGUCAAAGUUGAUGAUUUUCUUCCAAGGAGGUGGUGCCUGUGCCGAUAAAGACACGUGUGCAUUCGGCUUGCAGUGCUCUCUGGGCGCCAGUGCUACGUUCUCAACAGCAGCUACUGCGAGCAGUGCAGGUGUACUAGACCGCUCGAUCUCGGACAAUAUGUUCAAAGACUGGAACGUUGUCUUCAUCCCGUACUGCACGGGUGACAUCCACAUUGGUAACCGAGUUACAGCCGCUUAUGAGAGCGGCAUCGAGGUACUUCUGGGCAACUCGCAGUGUCUCGGACUCGACUAUGCGAUGCAUAUGAAUGGGUAUAACAACACCAUGGCGGUGCUUGACUGGGCACUCGAAAACUAUCCGGACGUUGACAACCUCAUCGUUGGUGGUGAGAGUGCGGGGUCACUUGGUGCUCAGGUUCACAGCGCCAAGAUCGCUGAAAUGUGGGACGUUGACGCCAGAGGCGCAAGGUUCUCAGUAUUGGCAGAUAGCUACGUCGGUGUCGUCCCUGAAGAUCACCCGGCAGCAGAACUCUUGGUGUACUACGGCGCGUGCACCAACGACUUCGGUUUGUCCGAGGACACUGUGGCAGCCUGCGAAGCUGGCACCGCCACUACUAUUGAGAUGAUCGAUGCACUGUUGGAGGCACAACCUGAGGGCAAUUGGCUCUUCAUCGAUAGCAAAGGAGAUAAGACCCAGCGCUAUUUCUAUGCCCUUGUGGAAGAAGGUAUAUUGGGUUAUCCCUUCUCGGAUUUGAUCUCCGAGGCAGAUUUCUUCUCAAACAUGAGCACGAUCCUGGAUUCGUACCGGAAGGUGAGCUCUCGUAUCACGACUUUUUACGUUGAAGGCACAAAACACGUCUUUCUGGCUGACUCGAACUUCACGAGCUACGAGAGCGAUGAGGGCUUGCUACUUGGCGAUGUUAUUAACGAAUGGCUGGUUUCGAACGCGAGCUUGAAUUCAAACUCGACAGAAACUCCAAGUGCGACUACGGCGACACCCGCUGCAACUACGACAACGCCUACGGCGACGACAGCUGCGCCCGGCACCACCACGUCUCCUAGCACCCCUUCGUCCCCAAGUACGACUACGUCUGCAAGCUCCACCACGUCGCCUUCAGCUACGACGUCACCCAGUGCUACCACAACUUCCGCACCCCUCGCUUGCUAGGAGCCUAGGAUAAGGAUUUACCUCGCUGUCUUAGCAACUUUGACAAUUCACAAUACCGUAAGACGACCCCAUUUUGAGGGCUAUCUUCAUUUAUGUGUUGGUUUUUCUUUAUGAGAAAUGCAAGAUCUAUCAAUAUCGUACCACA